AUGAAGAGCGCCUGCCUGAUCCUGCUGCUCCUGGCGGCCGCCCUGCAAGGCCACGCGGCUGCUGACCACCGCAAGCUGCUGCAGUCCUCCGCCUCCGCCAACGCCCAGGCCUUUGCUCAGGCCGCCGGAUCGGGCAGCGCAGACGCCUUUGCGCAGGCCGCCGCGACAGCGCAGGCUCAGGGCCAGGGCCAGGCGCUGGCUGAGGCCACGGCACAGGCAAUCGCUCAGGGCCGCGGGCAGGCGGUAGCGCAGGCGGCCGCCGAGGCGAGCGCCAGGGGCGGCGCCACCGCGCAGGCCUCCGCCGAUGCCUUUGCCCAGGGACUGACCCAGGCCAUCUGCACGAACCCCACCGCCGGCGCCCAGGCCCUGGCCACCGCACUGGCUCAGGCUCAGGCUGCGGGAGGCUCCGCCGCCGCCUCCGCCAUCGCCUCCGCCAGCGCCAGCGCCAUCACCAACGCCUGCCGCCGGUGCCCCCAGGAGACUGCCUCCGCACUGGCCUUCGCCUCCGCCUCCGCCCAGGCCUCCGCCCUGGGCGGCGCCAGCAGCACCGCCAACGCCGUGGCACAGGCUGUGGCCCAGUCCAACGCCGGCACCCUCAACCCACAGUGCAUCCCUCUCAACCUGGCACAGGCCAACGCCCAGGCAAGGGCGGCUGGCUGGAGCCGCUCCCUUGCUUGCCUGCUGCCAGCCAGUGGCUGCCAGCAGUACCAGCACGCCUUUGCCACCGCCACUGGCGGGGCCAGCCCGAGCGCCGCCAACGCCCAGGCCUCCGCCUCUGCCAACGCCAACGCCCAGGGCAACGGCAACGCCAACGCGCAGGCCUCUGCCAGCGCCAACGCCAACGCCGGCGCCGGCAAGUGA